AUGGCCAAAGCCAGGAAAACAAGCUUGAGUCUGAAAGAAAAAACUCAACUCCUCGACGACCUGGAAUGCGGGGUUGGUAUCCGCGAGGUCAUGACCAAGUGGAGAGUGUCACAAGGGACGGUGUACAAUAUCAAGCGAAAUGCGGAAAAGAUCAGGAUGCAGUGUGCUCAGAAGAAGUCUCAUAAAAGCAAGCGCUUCAGAACGCCGAAGUUUCAAGGUAUCGAGCGGGACCUAUUCAAGGCUUUUGAGGAUGCCAGGCUCGAACACCCAGACCUCCCUAUUUCGGGCCUGUGGUUGAAAGAAAAGGCGAAGGCAAUCUCGGCCGAGAAUGGGAAUUCCGAUUUCAAAGCCUCAAAUUCGUGGCUAGAUGGCUUCAAAGCGCGCUUCAAGCUUUCGACUCAGAGAAUUUGUGGCGAAGCUUCCAAGGUUGACCAAGAGGAAAUCGAACGCUGGAUGAACGAGAACGAAAGGACUCUGAAUGAAUAUUCGAUCAAGAACAUCUUCAACGCCGAUGAGACUGGCUUCUUUUAUAGGAUGUUGCCGAAUCGGUCAAUCCAUUUCAAAGGCAAUGCUUGCCAUGGAGGGGAACAGAGUAAAGAAAGAUUCACAGCACUCUUGUGCGCCAAUUUCGAGGGAACGGAGAAAAUGAUCCCCUUGGUCAUCGGAAAAAGCGCAAACCCGCGCUGCUUCCCAAAAAAAACGCGGAAUGAGAAGUUCCACCGAGCUUCGAAACUCGGCUGUGAGUACAGAUCACAGAAAAGAGCGUGGAUGGACAGUCAGAUCUUCGGUGAAUGGCUCCUGAAGAUCGAAGAGAACUUCAGAAGAGAAAAUCGCAAGGUCCUCUUGUUACUGGAUAAUUUCAAAUGUCAUGAUCUCGACCUCGAGCUGAAUUUCGUCAAGGUUAUCUUCUUGCCGCCGAGGACAACUUCACAUACCCAACCAAUGGAUCAAGGCAUCAUACAUAACGUGAAGCAGAUCUAUAAGAAGAAAUUAGUGGAGCAUUAUUGGACACAGAUUCAAAACGGUGUUAACAAACAUGUAAAUCUGCUCCAAGGAAUUCGCUUUUUGAGCGAAUCUUGGGACGAAGUCAAGGAAACCACAAUCUUCAAUUGUUUCCGGAAAUGUCUGCCAAACGUGCACGUCAGCAUCUCUCAAGAGGAUGAACCAAUCGUGGAGGACCUGGACGAUAUCGACCCAAUCAUUAGAAGAGAAUGUUUCCCGAACGGGCUCGACUUCCACGGUUUCGUCGAAGCUGACCGAAACCUAACCACAAUCGAAGAUGGUACAUUCGGAUUCGAGCUUGACUCGGAUUCCAAUGACUUGGACGAUGAUUCCGAAGUCAUUUUCCGGGAAGAGGAGGAAGGCCCCCCAGGAGAGGCUGAUAUAGUGACAGAUAAGGAGGCUCUGCAAGCCGUGUCCAUUCUAAUCACUCACGUCACUCAGAGGAAUGAUCAGAUGAUCGAUAUCAGCGUGACUUUGCAAAAAUAUCGUCGUCAACUUAUCUCGGAUUUUUUGAGGAGUAAGCGACAAGCCGACAUCCGAUCCUAUUUUCCGAUGUCCGCUCAGUGA